AUGGGAGAAAGUCUUUCUGAAUCAACACCAGUGGAUCUGUUUCCACAAGCCCUCCCCAAAAUACCCUCAGAUGCAUCUUGUCCGAGAUAUCAACGAAAGCUGUCUGUAAGGGAAAUAAAAAUCCAACGAUCCGAGGCUGGCAACAAAUAUGCAGCAUUUGCAAGACAUUCCCGUGCUAAGGCAUUAUGGAAGGGAGCCUUCAGUUUAAUCUCCUCUCGUGGUGACCCAUGGGAAAAGUUUCAUUUGCAAGAACUUCCAGAAGAAACGGCAAAGCGUUAUCGUUAUAACGCUAUUAAGGGCAAGUGGAUAGAAGAUAUCGUACGUGUAAAAAUCGAAAAUUCACCAUUCAAUCGAGGUGCUAUGAGAGAAUGUUUUCGUGCGAAGAAAUUGUCCAAUUUUUCACAUUGUUCUGAUUGGUCAUAUGCAUCAAAUCAUGUUGCUAAACGUUAUAUUGAGAAGGUUGAAACUCAUGUGUAUUUUGAUGAUGUUCGUUUACAAAUGGAUGCUAAACUUUGGGGUGAAGAAUAUAGUCGUCAACCGUCUGCACCAAAAAAAGUUGAUAUUUCACAAAUGUGUGUAUUGGAGUUUAUUAAUCGACCAGAGAAACCUCUAUAUCACUUGGAGCAUUUUAUAGAAGGAACUUAUCGAAAGUAUAAUUCAAAUUCAGGAUUUGUAGAUGAUUUAUCACGAAACACUCCUCAGGCUUUUAGUCACUUCACCUUUGAACGAAGUGGUCAUCGUUUAAUUGUAGUUGAUAUACAAGGUGUUGGUAAUCUAUGGACAGACCCUCAAAUUCAUACAUUCGAUGGUAAAUCUUAUGGAGAUGGAAAUCUGGGGAUUCGUGGAAUGGCUUUAUUUUUUUAUACACAUCGAUGCAAUCCAUUAUGUUUAGCUCUGUCAUUAAGCGCUUUUGAUUUACCAAUAAAUGAAAAACUAUCUACACCAUUUAGUCAAUUAUCUAUGGAAGCAGCGGAUAAUCAGACUGAAAAUACAAAUGGGAUCAGUGAUAAUAAUAAUGUUGAACUCAGUGGAACAGUAGCUAUUCCAGCUUCUCGUCGUGAUCGAUAUGGUAUUCGUCGUUUGGUUUCAGAAAAUAUUGAUUCAUCUUAUGAUUUACAAAACAAUGCCAAUAAUCACAACAAUGACACUAGUAGUGAUUUUGUAAAUCCAGUUGACUUUGUAGAGUCUCAUAGUGUACCUUCGCCUAAAUUACCAUUUCUACCUUCGAGAUCUCCUGUUUUAUGUAGAAAUGAUAUAUUACAAAAGACUGAUCAAAUCAAUCAUAAUUCAAAUGUCGUUGCUAAUAAUGGAAAACACAAUACAAAGUAUAGUAUUAAUACUACUACUACUGAUAAUAAUAAUAAUGGUAAUAAUGAUGAUGCACGUACUGAUGAAUUAAUAUUUGGUCCAAUUUCACUUCAUAAUAAUUCGUAUGAUUCUGGCAUAAGUUUUGAUGGCCCAUCGUUUGGUAAUGUGUUCAAAGCACAACAAAGUAUUAUUAGUGAUCCUGGUUGUGAUCCAGUAUGUCCAGAUUUGGAUCAGUCAAAUUCUCAUUUGAAUUCCAGCGAAAGUUCACAACAGCUCAGUAAAGAAGCUGAACUCAUUGAAUUUUUUCGUUUACAUCAAGCUGGUCAUCGAAGCAGUUCCAUUGCAGCUUUACAUGGUGCUGAUACUGUAAUUUUAGGUUUAAUACAUCAUGAAUUGGCUCGUUUACAUGCUUCUGGUCGUUUAACUUUAAUGCAUCAAACCGGUUAUUGUCAGUUAAAGUGCAAUGAAAUCAAAGAGCAUCAACCUUCCAUAGAUAUUGAGCAAGAAUUGAAUGGAAAUCAGUUGAAUGAAUUAAAUCGCCCACAAAAUGUUAACUGGGAAUCAGUUUUAUUUCAUUUAGAACAAUCAGCUAAACUUGGUUGUUUAGAUGCUAUUCAAUGUUUAGCUCAAUAUUAUUUGAAUUUAAUGAUUGAUGGUCCAUUAUCGGAAUGUCCAAUUAAACCUGAUCCAGUGGAAUCUCGAGCACAUGGUUUCGCUUUAAUCAGUGCGGCUGCAUCAGCGGGAGAUCGUAUGGCUAUGCUUUAUUUAGCUGAAGCUUAUUAUCAUGGCGAUUAUUAUUCUCCAGAUACUAACGAACUCUUCGAAUCAGCCGCUGAAGGUGCUAGUGAAGCUCAUGAAGGACGUAUAGCAAUGAAGUAUUAUGAACAAGCAGGUCUUUUAGAAGAAUAUACUACUGUUGAAUUUGAUGAACAAAUAGAAGAAAAAACAGAAGAAGAAAAAUAG